AUGGCAGAGGAGGAUGAUGAUUUGGCCAGAGAGCUCGAAAACGAAGACGAAGAAUUGGACGAAGAGGAAGAAGACGAAGAGAGACCUCAAAAGAAGAAGGCCAAACUAAAUCCUUUCGUCGAUGUCGAAGCUGCUGUUGAAGAUGAAGAGGACGAAGAUGAUGAUAUGGAAGAAGAUGAUGAACCUGAUGGGCCAUUAGCUGAUGAAGAAGGAUUCGAUGAAGAAGCAAACAAGGACUACUUGUCAGACAAGACUCACCGCCAGCUUGAAAUGAGUCGCAGGAAGGAAGAAGAUCAAGAUGCAGAAAAGAUUGCUGCGCGAAUGAAUCAACGCUAUAGUGGUCAUUAUCAAUCUGGUCAAUAUCGAGGAGAUUAUGAACGUGUUCCCAGAGAAGUACUUAAACCUCAAGUCGGAGAUCCAAGGCUAUGGUUGCUCAAAUGUGUGCCUGGAAAAGAACGUGAUAUAGUAUGGAGUAUCAUUCGCAAGUACACCGAGUUUUUGCACACCAAAACUCCCCUAUUGAUCACUUCCGCAUUCGCCAAAGACAACUUGAAGGGCUACAUAUACAUUGAAUCAGACAAGGAAGCAUAUGUCCGCACUGCUAUUGAAGGCUUGCGAGGCUUAUAUACUUCCAAGCUGUCCAUGGUGCCUAAUGGUGAAAUGGAAUCAUCUCUCAGCAUAAAGACAGCCAACAAAGAAUUUCAGCUGAAUUCUUGGGUUCGAAUCAAGGGAGGAAAGUACAAGGGUGACUUGGCUAGGAUCAAAGAAAUCUAUGGUCCCGACACUCUAUACUUGCAGAUUAUACCAAGAAUGGAUCCAACAAAGGCAGUCGAAUCUCAACGUGAAAAGUCUCCAUCACCUCCACCGACUCCUCCAGCUACAGAAGGCGAGGAUGCCAAAGGCAAGAAGAGGAAGAAGGUUGUCAAGAAGAGAGUCGCCACAGUACGAGGUCAACAAAAGUUAUUCAGUCCAACUGAGUACGGUGUCCAAGUCCAAAAGGGCCCUGAAGGGACACUCGUCCACGGUAAUGACACCUAUACUGCCGACGGCUUCAUGUUGCGUAUCUUUAAAGUUGCCCAACUUGAUACCGAGAACAUCAACCCUACACUCGAAGAAAUCUCGAUGUUCAACGUAAAGGAUUAUUCGAAAGAGUUGGCUGCUCUCCCUGAUUAUGUGAACACUGUAAAAGACUUCAGUGUGGGUGAGACUGUCUUGGUGAAAGCUGGAAAAUCUGGUAAAUACAAGGCAAUCAUUACCUCGAUUAAAGGAGACGAGAUUCGACUACAUCAUGUUGAUGAACCUGAAGUGGUUCAUCCCGUCAGUCCAGCAGACAUCACCAAGAACUUUAGUUCAGGUGAUCACGUCAAAGUGGUCAAUGGAAUACACAAGGAUGAAACCGGCUUGAUUGUUAGUGUCAAGGACAAUAUCGUCAGCAUCUUGUCGGAUCUCAACUUUAGUCAGUUUGAGGUGUUUAUGAAAGAUUUGAAGCUGGCUUCUGAAAUUCAAACAUCAACCUCAUUCUCUGGUGGCAAAUUCGAUAUCCACGAUCUGGUCGACUUGCCCUCUGGAGAUGUUGCUAUCGUUGUAAAUAUAGAUCGAGAUUGGGUUACAGUCAUGAAUCAAUGGGGUGUUGUCACCGGAGUAAAGCCAGCAGAAGUCAUCGUACGACGAGCAUCAAAGAACGCCAUUACAAAUGAUUCAAAGGGUAAUCCCAUACGAAGUGGAGAUUCUGUUGAAAUAUCAGAUAAUCGAAGCACGCAUCUCGGAAAACGUGUCACUGUAUUGCACGUCUUUCGAUCUCACGUCUUUUGCAAGUCGCGAGAGAUGGCUCUAGAGCAUGGUGGUGUCUUUGUCACCAGGGCUUCCAAUACCAUAUCAACCAAACAUAAAAACGAUAUGGGAAUGAGUACAAUCGGCGGUCGUGCAAAUCCAUUUGCUCCACCAUCCGUGCCUAUGAGUCGUCCUGAUUCUCUACCACCAACCCCUUCAUUCGCAGUUCCUCGUGCUCGACGACACAACUGGGUCGACAAGACUGUCAAAAUCAUCAAAGGUCCAUAUAAAGGAUAUCUUGCUUCCAUUCUUGAUGUCAAUCCUCCCAAGGCUCGACUUAAACUACAAGCCACUAACAAGAUUGUCACUUGUAAAGUCGAUGAAGUGCAAAACCCAGAAGAUACUAGCAAAACACUAUCUGAUGAUGUAGAUACUACCAUGACUGCACGACGUCCAUUAAACAAUGAUUGGGCUGCAGCAUCAUCGACUCCCUUUGAUGGAGGCAGAACGCCAGGAUAUGGUGGUCGAACACCUGGAUAUGGUGGUAAGACGCCAGCCUAUGGUGGUCGUACUCCUGGCCGUACAGGUGACCAAACACCAGCUUGGGAUGCAGGCAGCAAAACACCAGCUUGGGAUGCAGGCAGUAAAACACCUGGAUAUGCACCUCGCACUCCUGCACGUCAAGAUGACGACUAUUGGUCUCCUCAUGGUGGUCCUCCUGAUCGUGCAACUUCGGGUCAUUGGGGCGAACGAUCGGAUAACAUGGCUACCAAUCCUGCAAAUACUGCCGACUCACCUUGGACUGGUGUCAACACGGAAACUCCAGGUCGUUAUGAUGCAGCUCCUUCACCUUGGGGUUUUGGAGCUCCAACUACUCCACAUCCUUCUUCGGUUCCAGCUACAGCACAAACACCAUUUGCCCAUCCCGACACUCCACUUAUACCAGCUUCACCAUAUGCAAGUGCCGCCACUCCUGCUGCCACUCCACAUGUGCCAGACACACCAGCCAUGCCCGAUGUGGAACAAGUGUUGGAUAUAUCUUGGGCCUCUGCUGGUCUCGAAGUCACAUUUGUCGCUCGCAACAAUACGACUUAUGGCAAUGGUCAAUAUGCUCAAACAGUCGGUGCAAUUGAAGCCGUCGAAUCACCAUAUGCCACUGUAAGGAUAUUGAGCACCAGCGAGGUUUUGCCACAGGUACCAAUUGAAUACUUGGCCUUUGUCAAACCUGGUAAAGGAGAUCAUGUUCGAGUCAUUACUGGUGAGAAUAUUGAUCAGGUUGGAAAGUUGGUCACUAUCGAUGGACCAGAUGCUGUGGUGAGGAUGCCUACAGGAAUGAACAUUAUCAGGCUCGACGAUUUGGCAAAGGUCACACCUACAGCGGCACCAUAA